AUGGAAGAAUCGCCAGUCUCAUCUCUUUAUCUUCCAUCCAAACCCUCUGCACAAAGCAAAAGUCUUCGUUUUUCCCUCAAAUGUUCUCUCUCUUCUCCUACCCCACCCACCUCCAAAGAAGAAGCCAUCCUUCAAGCCAAGACCUCCCUCUCAACCACCUUAGAGAAGCCACUCAACAACCCCAAACUCGCCGGAAAACUCAAGAAACUGAAGCAGCCCAGGUUCCGGGUCGAAAUCCCAGUCAUCGAUGACUCACCGGGUUCACUCUCUCAGCUCGCUCUCGACGUCUUUGGAGACAUACCCAUCAAAAGAAAAGGCUUACCAGUCAAGAUUUUAGUCCUCUGGCCCAACCCCAACUUAACAGAAGCUGCCAUUAUGGCAUUUGACUCUCUCUCUUCAAACACGGUUGAACAUAAUGAUUUUUCGUCAGUUACCAAUGAGGACACCAGAUUUUUGAAUUCUGCUGAUGUGGUAGUGUUUUUGGCGCCUGAAGCUUCUCAGUUGGCAGUUAUGAAAACCGUUACUGACAGUUUAUAUCCAAAGCCAGUGGUAAUUUUCAACCCCCAAUGGGGAUUUGAGGAGGAGAGCAGUUUUGGUGAGUUGAGAGGCUUUGUGGGCUCAUUUGAGGUGGUGUAUUCAUUUGUGGGGUUGGAGGUUAGAGGGGUUUUGAGUAAGAGAAAAGGUAUGAUCUUCAAAUGUGUUAGAGAUGGGGUUUGA